UUCCGGAGAAAUUCGGGGACUCGGAGUCUCGUUCGCUCUGUUCGAUCGCCUGGUGCGGUGGUACAGGAUCUCGGGAUAGUCAUGGCGUCCCCGUCUCGGAGACUGCAGACUAAACCAGUCAUUACUUGUUUCAAGAGCGUUCUCUUGAUCUACACUUUCAUCUUCUGGAUCACUGGUGUUAUCCUUCUUGCUGUUGGCAUUUGGGGCAAGGUGAGCCUGGAAAAUUAUUUUUCACUUUUAAAUGAGAAGGCCACCAACGUCCCCUUCGUGCUCAUCGGCACAGGCACUGUCAUUAUUCUUUUGGGCACCUUUGGCUGUUUUGCUACCUGCCGAGCUUCUGCAUGGAUGCUGAAACUGUAUGCAAUGUUUCUGACUCUCAUUUUUUUGGUCGAACUGGUUGCUGCCAUCGUAGGAUUUGUUUUCAGACAUGAGAUUAAGAACAGCUUUAAGACUAAUUAUGAGAAAGCUUUAAAGCAGUACAACUCGACGGGAGAUUAUAGAAGUGAAGCAGUAGACAAGAUCCAAAGUACGUUGCAUUGUUGCGGUGUCACCGAUUAUAAUGAUUGGAAAGAUACUAAAUAUUACAUAGAAACAGGAUUUCCCAAGAGUUGCUGUAAACUUGAAGAUUGUUCUCCACAAAAAGAUGCAGAUAAAGUAAACAAUGAAGGUUGUUUUAUAAAGGUGAUGACCAUUAUAGAGUCAGAAAUGGGAGUUGUUGCAGGAAUUUCCUUUGGAGUUGCUUGCUUCCAGCUAGUUGGAAUCUUUCUAGCCUACUACCUCUCUCGUGCCAUAACAAAUAACCAGUAUGAGAUAGUGUGAACACAACAAACAAACAAAAAGAACAAGGGCUUAUUUCUCUGCAACUUAAAGGAUAUUUAGGUUCCCCUGUGAAUUAUAAAAUCGCCUGGUUGGAAGACUGACAUCACUAGUUACCAGUAGGCUGAAAAAACUACACCAGUAGAUUGAAAAACUACAUGAGUAGACUGAAAAACUAUACCAGUAGACUGAUUCAAUCAAGAUGUUUGUUCAGUAUGUUCUAAGUCCACUUUCUGUCCCAUGAUGUCUCAUUCAUGUUAGAUCUUUGAAACCCUGUAUCUCUCUGAAACACUGGAAGAGCUAGUAAAUUGUAAAAUGAAGUAAAA